GGGCCACUGGCUCAAAGACAUGCUUUUCACAGCUUUUAAACUUCCAUCCAUGUUCACUUUCCUUCCUGACACUUCACAAUAUAUCAACUAAUAGCUAUAAUAAAUGUUUCUAUUUGAAACUCCUGGAGGACAACCAAUGAAAUACAAAUUUCUGCAGGUCACAUGGUGGAGACAAACUGGCUCCUUGUCAGGAAACUCAGCAAUGAGCAUGCCAAUGAAAAUACCAUAUUUUCUUCUCAUGAUAAAGCGGCCGCGUCCAGCGGAGGGCUUCCCCACGUCCCCCCUGGUGGACACGUGAAUGAACAGAGUCAGGUUUCUGGAUCGCUUCUCUCCAGAUGAACGGUGGGGGGAAUUAGCACGAGGAUUGCCGCGGGAGGGAGGUAGCUGCCUCACAGAGCCUUCUUAAUGUGAGGAGAUUACAGCGGAGCGUGGUGAAGAGGACUCCUCCAUCCAAAAACAAUGAGCAGAGUUAGUUUCUUUGAGGUGGAGAUACUGGACCCCAAAUCUAAGAGGCAGCUCUGCUUUUUGGACAAGGUGGAACCCCAUGCCACAAUUGGUGAUAUCAAGAAUCUAUUUCAUAAAUCCUACCCCCAGUGGUACCCGGCCAGACAGUCUCUCUGGAUUGACCCGAAGGGAAAACCACUGAAAGACGAUGAAAUACUACAAAAUCUACCGGUUGGGACCACUGCAACAAUGUACUUUAAAGAUCUUGGUCCACAGUUAGGGUGGACUAUGGUGUUUUUGGCAGAGUACGUUGGCCCUCUCUUUAUUUAUCUGCUGUUCUAUUUCCGUGUCCCGUACAUCUACCGACACAAGUACGUCUUUACAUCCAGCCCCCAUCCGGUGGUCACUCUGGCCUGUGUGUGCCAUUCAUUCCACUACAGCAAGAGGCUCAUUGAAACCAUAUUUGUGCACCGUUUUUCCCACGGUACCAUGCCGCUGCGCACUAUCGCACGGAACUGUAUGUACUACUGGGGAUUUGCUGCAUGGCUGGCGUAUUACAUAAAUCAUCCUCUUUACACACCACCAUCCUAUGGGGACAUUCAAGUGAACUAUGCACUGGCCAUGUUUGUGGUCUGUGAAGUGGGUAACUUCUCAAUACAUCUGGCUCUCAAUAGCCUUAAAUCUGAGGGGUCCAGGUCGAGAAUGAUUCCAUACCCAACGAAGAAUCCAUUCACCUGGCUCUUCUUCUUUGUGUCCUGUCCGAAUUACACAUAUGAGGUGGGAGCCUGGCUGAGCUUCACAGUCAUGACCCAGUGUGUUCCAGUGGCCCUGUUCACCUUCGUGGGCUUCAUCCAGAUGACGAUCUGGGCAAAAGGAAAGCACAGCACCUACAGCAGAGAGUUUAAGGACUACCCCCACUUCAGGAUGCCCAUCAUUCCAUUCUUUCUCUGAGGAGAUGCCAGGGAUCGUGUGGCGGUCAGCCAGUUGGGCUGGGAGAGAGCAGAGGCCCUUCGUCUGAACCAGCUUCGGCUUAGGGAGCUGCAAUAUCUUCUCUGUAGCAUGGUGAAAGUCUUCUUCGCUAUUGCUGUGCACUCCAUAUGCAAAUGUAGUUGAGUCCAGAGUGAGGCAGGUAAGAGUCCUGCAGGUUUCUCAGACCUUUAGUAACUGAUGUUGGCAAUGAGUGAACCCAGUGUUAAUGAGUGAACCGAAGUCCUACUUCAACAGACUUACAUUCUCCAAUUAGAUCUACGGAACAAAGGACCUAUCAGCCCUCGAGGAUGGGGGUUUUCUUUAACACGAGAACUUAAAGGUGACAAAUAUAGAAUUUUCUGGUUAUUUAAGACUAGGUUGUGGUGGUUUUUGGGGAAAAAGAUGAUGCUUACCAGAAGGUUUGUCUUACUUAAUAGCUUACUUAAAUUACUCGUCAUUCCUGUACGCCAUCUGUUAUGUAAAAAUAUGUGAAACCUAAAAUUUGUUUUAAACCUGAAAUAUAUGCAAACACCAAAAGGGGGAAACUACAUCUAAUGAAGUGUAAAUACCUUUGAGGUGUGAUCAAGGUAUUCAGAUGAGCUGAAUGUCUACUAUCAGAUCCCUGUCAAGGGCUUUGCAGAUUGUGGACUGCACGGAGGGAUUAACUGUUCUUUACUGAAAAGUGUGUGUCAUAUUUCAAAAAAUAUGAACCUAUUCAGAACCUAUGUACAAGUUAGACAAAUUUUGGGAAGUUUUGUGAUUCUAAUGGACACGAAUAUACAGUCCUACAACAUAUGAACAGGGUAAAGAUUAUAGCAUUAAUAUCAAGAAUACCAGCUAUCUUUUUCAUUCAACCACAAUAUUCAAGCUGUAAUGUUCAUAACAUUAGCCAGCUGUGCAAUAGUGAAGGGAUUCCACUGUACGGGUAACUUUCUUAAAGAAACACUGGUCUGUGCCCAUCUUAUAGAAGACUCAAGUGUUCGCAUUAGAGUACAAUAAGAUCAAUAAUAAAGAACUACAUCGUACUCAGGUGCAGCUUCAGUGAAGUUAUAUAGCCUUGCUACAUACAUAGCAUGCUGUUGCCAAAUUAUUUUUUACCCAGAGUGUAAAAUUUCCCAUAAACCAUUUGAAGUAAUAUAUGAAAAAAAUUAUUUGAACAUUGUGUGUUUUGUUUUAUGUUGUGUGAUUGGCUUAGAAAGGUGUCACAUCUUUACAAUAUAUGACAUCAAACUUACAACAACAUGAGUAAUGAGAUGAAAGGAAUAGGUUUAUUGCCCGAUUGCCCUUUAACAAGACCUGGGCCAAAAAUAUUUAUUUGUAGCAUUAGAUAAUAGAUAGUAUCAAUAGUAUUUGAAUUUUUAUUGUGAAUGCCAUCUCUUCCAAUUAAAUUAAGGAUUGGAAUAAAUGUGCUUAGCUAAAGCUAAUACUAAAAUAUUGAUCCCACAAAAACAAGUAUUGCUUGAACUUUAUUUAAAAAAUCUCACAAAACAAAUAUUAUGGCAGAGUUAAAAUAAUAAUCAGCUUGAAUAUAAAAAUGCAUUUUUUAUGUAAAUAUAUUCAGAGAGGUUUGAAGCAAUUACUACAAGAUGAUUUUGGAGGACAAUUUUAAAUUUCCUUUAGAUUCAGGAUUGUAAUUAAGCAGCUAAUAUUCAGUUCAUCUUAGUCCAAUACAUUGCUGUUAAAAAUAAAUUAUAUAUUUUUAAAAGUUCUGGAAUGUGUAUUCACAGUUGUUGCUUUCUGAGAUUGGUAUUCAAAUAUUUUCAGUUGCUCACAAAUGACCAUAUACAAUUUUUAACUGAGGCUUGAAAAUGAUAGGCCACUCAAAAUACAUUAAAAAAUGAAAACAGAAACACACAAUACAAAACACAUUACAAGUUAGGCUAAAAGAACCAGAAAAUAGGUGUCUUGGACAUUUCUGUUCAUUACAAUGCAGCAGACGCAUUUCAUUUUGAACAAUUUGUAUUUGUAUUGCACUAUGAGUUUUAAAUAAAUUUAAUUUU